AUGAGCACUAAAAGUGAUGGACAAUCGUUAGGUGCAGGAGAGCGCAUCUACCUGCACAUCUAUGACUACGAAACUAAGGAAUUUUCUGGUCUUACUACGUAUCAUGGUUUAGUGCGCAUUUAUAACUCUAACACUUGGCCAUCAAGGAUCUUCUGGUGCGUCGUCGUGCUAUCUUGCCUUUCUUUGUUUAUGAUUCAUAGCGGCUAUCUCCUGUUAGGCUAUCAUUCCAAGCCUACACUCUUCCAAAUAAACACCAUAGUGGCACCAAAUGGAAUAUACUUUCCCGACAUCACUAUUUGUAAUCAUAAUCUAGUUCAACUAAACAGAUUAAAGAGAUAUAAUAUGUCAUCGGCAAUAUUUUCUUAUUUAACCACUGCAUUCACUGACUAUGCUACAGAAGACGAAGAUUUGGAGAAACAGGAGAUUUUUGAGGACUAUGUGGCGAGUUAUUUUGCUGCAACUGGGAGAAACUUCUCGAUUGCGGAGUUUUUUAAUGAGAUAAGGCCAACAUGUGAGGAUGUGGUGCUUGCCUGCGGCUUUGCUGGACAAGCAAUCGAGGACUGCUGUUCCUACUCCGACAUCAUCCCUACGGACAUUGGAUACUGUAUCAGGUUAACAAACAUUCACUGUCGCGAUAUCUACUCUGGCAAUUAG